UCUGGUUGUGUUGCCAACCACAACAAGGAAGGUUCCCAGGUGUAAACAUUUCCUCAGUAGGCAGAAGAGUCCGGAGUUUGACCGAUGUUUUAAGAACGUUAGAACUAGAUUUUGUGGAUAACACGUGUUUGACGUCUUGUUAGAUUAACACCAAAUUAAAAUAUUUCACUGUACGAACCUACUUGAGGUAGGCUGCUUUUUUUUACAGUCGAAACAAGCAAUAACAAUAGCCGGUUUCUUAUGAACCUACGUUGUUGUAGCCUAACGUCAAAGAUUGCAGAUCAUCUUUGGUCUUAAAAAAGGCAACAGCAGAGUGGAGAGCUAUACGUUCAUGUAACUUAAUGAUGGUUUGUAAAGGAAGAAAAUAGAUCUUGAAAACCAUACGAUAUCUUUUGUUAUCCUCUGAAAAAACUUUGGAUGGGAUUAUUUUUUCCUCCCUUGGUAACAUGGAUUUGCCAUUGAACUCCGGCGGUGCUGAAACACGUCCGGUUGACCUGAGCGUGAUAGUGAAAGAAGAAGACAUUAAAGAGGAGGAAUAUGGUCUUAUGAUUUCGUGUCAAGAUGUGAAGGAAGAACGGGAUGACCAAGAGCACGAUUAUCUGCUCGAAGACAACGAGAAACUACUUACAAUAGUAAAGAUUGAAGUGAAGGAGGAGGACGAGCAAGAGCAGGAUUAUCUUGCUGGGAUUUUGGGUGUCCUCUACAAAGGUUACAGUAAAACACUGCAGGCAAGAUUGGAGAUUGAAGUGAAGGAAAAUGAUGUGGAUGAACAAGAGCAUCUUCUGGGAAGUGUAUCAGAAGACCCAGACUACAUGCAACAGAAGAUCCAUGGACAGAAUGAUGAACUCAACCUGCAACUCAACGGAAGGCUGCACCACUGCACCGUCUGCAGGAAGAGUUUCACGGCCCUGAAAGAACUCAAGAAACACCAGCAAACACACUCUGUUAGUGUGAAUGAUCAGCAGAACACUGGCGGCAAAAAGACUCAUUUCUGUGGACACUGUGGGAGAACAUUUAGAAAGUUUUCAUAUCUGAAAGACCACAUGCUUACACACACUGGAGAGAAGCCCCAUAAAUGCGUCCAAUGUGGGAAAGCUUUCUCACAAAUGUCAAAUCUUAACACGCACAUGCUAACCCACACUGGAGCGAAGCCUCAUAAAUGUAUACAGUGUGGAAAAGCAUUUACACACCUUUCAACUCUUAAGACUCACAUGCUAGUACACACUGGAGAGAAGCCCCAUGAAUGUACCCAGUGUGGGAAAGCCUUUUCGCUAAUCUCAAACCUCAAACGUCAUUUGCUAACACACAGAGGACCUUCUGGUGAGAAGCCUCAUAAAUGUGCCCAGUGUGGAAAAGCAUUUAGCUGUUUGUUGCUUUUGCAAAAACACAUUAGGAUCCAACAUUCAGAUCUUAAAACUCACAGACUUGCACACGCUGGAGAGAAGACUCACACGUGUAUCCAGGAUGACAAAGCUUUUACACAAAUGUCAACUCUUAAAACCCAUAUUCUAACUCACUCUGGAGAGAAACCUCAUAAAUGUGCCCAGUGUGGAAUAGGUUACUCACAAAAGUCAAGCCUUAAACACCACAUGCUAACACACAAUUCAGAGAAGCACCAUAAAUGUGCUCAGUGUGGAAAAACAUUUAGAACGUCCUUAGAUCUUAAAACGCAUAUGCUAACACACAGUUCAGAGAACCACCAUACAUGUGCCCAGUGUGGAAAAACAUUUAGAACGUCCUCAGAUCUUAAAACGCAUAUGCUAACACACAGUUCAGAGAACGACCAUACAUGUGCCCACUGUGGAAACACCUUUAGAACGUCUUCAGAUCUUAAAAAGCAUAUGCUAACACACAGUUCAGAGAACCUCCAUACAUGUGCUCAGUGUGGAAAAACAUUUAAAACGUCCUCAAAUCUCCGAACGCAUAUGCGAACACACGCUCCAGAGAGGCGGCAUGAAUGUGCCCAGUGUGGAAAAGUUUUGCGACGAAUUUCAGAUCUCAAAACGCACAUGCUUACACACACUGGAGAGAAAGCUCAUACGUGUACCCAGUGUGGGAAAGCUUUCUCACAAAUGUCAAAUCUCAACACCCAUCUGCUGACCCACACUGGCGAGAAACCUCAUGAAUGUACACAGUGUGGGAAAGCUUUUACACACCUUUCGACUCUUAAGACUCACAUGCUAGUACACACUGGAGAGAAGCCUCAUGAAUGUACCCAGUGCGGAAAAGCCUUUUCACUAAUCUCAAAUCUCAAACGUCAUUUGCUAACACACAGAGGAACUUGUGAGAAGCCUCAUAAAUGUGACGUUCCUCAGUGUGGAAAAGCAUUUUUAAGAUCCUCAGAUCUGAAAACUCAUACGCUUACACACACCGGAGAGAAGCCUCACAAAUGCAUCCAGUGUAGAAAAGGAUUUUCACAAAUUUCGCAUCUUAAAUCCCAUUUGCUGAUUCACACUGGAGAGAGGCCUCAUACAUGUGCCCACUGUGGAGAAGCUUUUAGACAAAUUUCGCAUCUUAAAACCCAUAUUCUAACUCACACUGGAGAGAGGCCUCAUAACCUCAUAGUGACCAUAGCUGAGAAAGGCUUCAUCACAAAUCUCACCUCUUAACACUGUCAAUUUUUUUUACCUUAAUAUAACAGUUUUCAAAGUAAUUUUGACGGUAAACAAAAUUGCAAUGUAAAGAAUCAUGAAAUAUUACCUGUGGGGUAUACUACGAAGCUCGAUUAGUGGGUUAGCGAGGUAUGUUGCGCUCACAGCCAGGGUAUGCUGUGACACGAAAGUGGCUCUGUUUUAGCGUCGCUGUAUCACCAUGAUGUAUUAUGCUACCAACCAAACCUGGUCGGGAGCAGGUUAUGUGCUAAGUGUGACCAAUAAAUAAUCUAUUAUUAAGUUAUUUCACGUGUAAGAUUUUGUCAUGUAUCUUAGGGCUCCGUCUCUCCAAACAUUUUGGAUCUCACAGGCACUUGAACAGUGUUGUGCGUGCAGAUAUCCCACUAUGAAUGUGCAAAUAUAUAUACCAUACAACAU